CGAGGCUUGAAGACGUCGGAACUUCUAAAUGUAACGUUUCGCAAUGUUUCGUCGCUGACUUCAUUGACCAUCAAAAACUACAACUUUACUUUAUUUCCCAACAAACCUUUCCGUGAAUUAGUUAAUCUUUCCGAAUUAUACAUCAUUCAAGGCAAGUUAAGAGUUUUACCCGAAGAUUUAUUUUAUAACCUUAACAAUUUGACAAAACUGGAUUUAUAUUACAACGACAUUGAAUCCGUUCAUCCACUCGUAUUUAGAAAUCUCGUCAAACUCGAAUAUUUGGAGUUAGGUUGGAAUCGGUUAAAAGAUUUACCCAGUGAUACGUUGAAUGGUCUUUCUCACUUAAGGACAUUUUGUAUUACUAACAACCGACAAUUAUCAGAAAUACCGCCUGGAUUCUUUAAGAAACUGUUUAACUUGAAUGAAUUUUAUGCACGGUUUUGUUCUAUUUCUUCACUCGAAAAAGAUGUAUUUUAUGACUUGAUUAAUUUGAAAAUCGUCUCUUUAAAUUCCAACCGAAUUGAACAUCUCCCACCAAAUCUGCUGAAAAAUAACAAACUGCUGACACGAUUUUCCUGUUCGUUCAAUAAAAUAGCGAAACUUCCGACAGGAAUUUUUCACGGACUUUCUGAACUGCAAUGGUUAUCGUUGCGAAAAAACAGUUUAGAAAAUCUUCCCGAAGAUGUUUUUCAGAAUUUGUCGUCAUUGGAGACUCUCAUUCUAUCAGAAAAUCGCCUGACGUUUUUACACGAAAACCUCUUCCUCCCGUUGACUAAAUUAAAGGAUCUCGAUCUAUCUGAAAACAAUUUAACUAAAAUUAUCGGUGAGCAUCCAUUUGGCAGCAGCAAGCAUCUGCGUACUCUCGCUUUAUAUAAUGCGGGUUUGACACAAUGGCCGUUGAUAAAUUGGUCAGAAUACAACUUCACUGAAGUGAUUCUCUCAAAUAAUCAUUUUGAAACCGUCAAAUUGCCAAUUUACACUCCAAAUCACGUGAAAAUUCUUCUCUCUAAUUGUAAAAUCAGAACAAUUUAUGUGGAUGAGUGGAAAUACGGAUUUCAAAUGCCGAUUUAUCAUUUAAAUAAUAAUAAAAUCACUUGUGAUCACAAACUGCAGCAAUUCAACUUUACCCUUACAUCAAAUAGGGAAAUCGCAAGGAAAAUGUUUCCAAAUAUAGAGAAGACGAAAUGUUACGGAGAAGAAAGAAAUUUGCUGGAUGAUACAUCUUUCGUAGUCAUAGGAAAUUACUUUCCGAUGAAUUGCGAUUGUUCUGCACAAGAUAAUCUCGUGAUGUUGAAUUGUUCCGGAAAGGGAAUCGACCGAAUUCCCGAAGUUCUCCUCCCGAAUGCCACGAUUGUCGAUUUGAGAUGGUUGCUUAGAAACAGUCAGAAGAUUGCAGAUUUCUCCGAUGUUUUCUGCGCGAGAAAUUCGUCUUCUGUGACUUUCACCGAAAUUGUUUCUAAUGAUCGAUGCACACAAAUUUUAGAAGAUAAUUUGGCUUUUUCAGUAAAUGUUUCGUGUGCAAAAUGCGUGUUUUCCGACGAAGUUAGUUCUGUUUUAGGAUGGAAAAUCGCAGUGGCUAUUCUUACUUCGCUAAUGAAAUGUCGAUUCAAUGUCACCGACGUCAUAAUUUAUCGUGUUGUCGACGUAGCAACAGUAAGGAUAUCGACUAUUGCCAGUUCGGAAUUCUGUUUUAUUCUUGAUUCAUUUUUGAGGAUCGUACUUGUGAGAUUCGUCUGUCGAUGUAAAUGCAAGACUCAUUUGGACGAGAUGAGGUGGGUUAUCUUUUCGCAAUUCCUAUUUCUUGUGGUUAAUUCCUGUCAAGAGUUUUGGCAACAUUGGGGGAAUGUUUCUUGUAUGUCAUUGGCAAACAGCUGCGACGAAUCAAAGAACUUUUCCCGCGUUCAAAUAUUCGAUAGAAUCUUAUCCAUCAAGUGCGGCGCGGAAACGAUUGACUCUGGUUUGAUGCGAUGUUUGGACGUUAGAAAAGUACAAGAUAUAAAAUUUACAGAUUGUUAUCUGUCAGGGAUUGACUUUGGAAUCUUCACUUUUGGGUAUGAAAUCGAACACGUCAAGAUAUGGUACAAAACCUACCGGCAUAACAGAAACUUCGAGAGCGCCUCGUUUAAUGACAUGUCCUCUCUGCGAUCUGUCGACAUACAAAACGUGAAGACCUCGGAACUUUUUAAUUUAACAUUUCACAAAUUUCCAUCGCUGAAUUCAUUAAAAAUUGAAGGUUAUAACUUCACUUUAUUUCCAAACAGACCUUUCCGAGAGUUAAUUAAUCUUUCCGAAUUAUACAUCAUGCGUGGAAAUUUAACAGUUUUACCAGAAGAUCUAUUUUAUAAUCUUCACAAAUUGACACAACUUGAUUUAAGUGACAAUAAAAUUCAAUCGAUUCAUCCACUUGUCUUUAGAAAUCUCAUCAAACUCGAUAUUUUAUCCUUAAAUCUUAUUAUUAGUGACAAUCGUAAAUUAUCAGAAAUUCCGUCCGGAUUCUUUAAGAAACUGCACAACUUGACUGUUUUUUCUGCAUUGGGUUGUUCCUUGUCUUCACUCGAAGAUGAUGUAUUUUCUGACUUAAUUAAUUUGAAAUACGUUGGUUUAAGUUUUAACCGAAUUGAACAUCUCCCGCCAAAUCUUCUGAGAAAUAACAAACGACUGACACAGUUUUCCUGUUCGUAUAAUAAAAUAUCGACACUUCCAGCACGAAUUUUUCAUGGACUUUCUGAACUGCGAGAGUUAGACUUGGCGAAAAACCGGUUAGAAAAUCUUUCCGAAGAUGUUUUUCGUAAUUUGUCGUCAUUGCAAAAACUUGAUUUAUCAGAGAAUCGCCUAAAAUUUUUACCCGAAAACAUCUUCCUCUCAUUGAGUAAUUUAACUCGUCUCGAUCUAUCUAAGAACAAUUUAACUAAACUUACUGGUGAACGUCCUUUUGGCAGCAGCAAGUAUCUGCGUACCGUCCGUUUAAACAAUGCAAGUUUGACACAAUGGCCGGUGAUAAAUUGGACAGAAUACGACUUGACUAAAGUCGAUUUUUCAAAUAAUCAUUUUGAAACUGUCAAAUUGCCAAUUUACACACAAAAUCACAUGCACGUGUAUUUGCUUAACAGUAAAAUCCGAACAAUUUAUUUGGAUGAGUGGAAAUAUGGAUUUCAAAUGCCGAUUUAUUAUAUAAUUAGUAACGAAAUUAAUUGUGACCGAGAACUACAGCAAUUCGUUUCUGUCUUUAAGUCAAAUAGAGAAGUAGCAAAGAAAAUGUUUCCAAAUAUAGAGAAGACGAAAUGUUACGGAGAAGAAAGAAAUUUGCUGGAUAAUACAUCGCUCGUAGUCAUAGGAAAUUAUUGUCCGAUAGAAUGCGAUUGUUCUGCUCAACUAAAUCACCUGUCAAUUGUUCCAGAAAGGGAAUCGACGGAAUUCCCGAAGUUCUCGUCCCGAAUGCCACGAUUGUCGACUUGAGUAAUAACUACAUAAAGGAGUUGUCAAAUGUCGAUUGUGUGACGUGGAAGAACGUCACCCAUCUGCGUCUGAGUAAUAAUUUAAUAAGUAACAUUUCGGAUUAUUUUCUUUUGCCAAACCUGAAAUUUCUGUGGUUGGACAG